AUGUCAUUCCACGAGCAGCAAAGCAAGAAGCGCAAGACGACGGACAAUGGCGGCCGCCAGGAGCGAAUCUCGGCCAACCCGUCGGCCUUGUCCUCGCCCAUCUACGGCGGGCGCCACUGGACCGUGUCCGUGGCCAUCCCCGCCAGCGUCAUAACCAGCCUCGCGACCGCAGACCAGCGCCUGGCCGUCCCCGGCCGCAUCGCACGUGCCCUCGCCAUCUUCUCCGUCGACGAGGUCGUCAUCUUUGACGACACGCCCCUCACGCAGCGCCCGCGACACACAGACCCGGCCGCGUACACGGGCGACACCGACCCGUGCCAUUUCCUCGCCCACGUCAUCAGUUUCCUCGAGGCGCCGCCAUUCAUGCGCAAGGCCCUCUUUCCACUGCACCCCAAUCUACGGCAGACGGCGCUGCUGCCCACCCUUGACAUGCCGCACCACCCCAACCCCAGGGAAUGGAUCCCCUACCGCGAGGGAGUCACCCUCCCGGGCAAGACGAGCUCCGGCGAGGGCACCCUCGUCGAGGUCGGCCUGGAGGAGCCCGUCGAGGUCGAGGAGACCAUCCCGCCCAAGACACGCCUCACGCUCCUCUUCCCCGAGGACGAGUCCAAGCCCCCCACUGUCGUCCACCCGGCGGCACCCCGCGAAGAGGGCGGCUACUACUGGGGCUAUACCGUCCGAAGGGCGUCCUCGCUGUCCAACGUCUUCACCGAGUCGCCGUACGAAGAGGGUUACGACAUCAGCAUCGGCACGUCCGAACGGGGCACGCCGAUAUCCCGGGCGUUUCCGUCGUCUACUCCGCGCCCCAUCAACUUCAACCACAUGCUCAUUGCCUUUGGUGGGCCCAGGGGUCUGGAGUUUGCCGCAAUGAACGACGAGCAGCUCAACGGCAUCGGCAUCCAGGGUCCUAAGACGAGAGAGCUCUUCGACCACUGGAUCGACGUGCUGCCGAACCAGGGCAGCAGAACCAUCAAGACCGAGGAGGCGCUGUUCAUCGGCCUGACAGCUCUGAGGUCGCUUUGGGAGACUAGUUGA